AUGGAUUCUUUUGAAGCUAGGCUACAAUUUAUAUCUGUGAUUAAAAAUUUGCAAAAGACCUUAGGUGUUUCUAAAAGGUUAGACAAUGAUCCGGUUCAGUUCUACUUAAAUCAUUACGAGCAACACUAUGAGGAUUUCCACCAGUGUCUCUUCGACACUGCUGCCAAGAUGGAUUCAUUGGAUAGGUUGAACGUCGUCAUAUACUACUCAAAAAUCGUUCAAGUUCUACAUGGUGAACAAACAGAGUUAAAUGCAAGAGUGCUCAACCAGUUACUUCUGCCGUCGAUAGAUUCCAUGCUUCUGCUAGCGUUACCAUCGCAGGAUUGGAAGGCCCUUACGAAUCUAGAUGCAUGUAUCGAUAUUUUCCAGAAGUGUAACAGUUUAAUGGGUGGUAUAGUGGAACUAAAAAAACCAACGAUGGAUUCCCAUUUACCGCUUGAUAAACUACAAUGGUACACACCGUCAGAACACCCCUCUAUACACUACCACGAAUCAUUCCAAAGAGCUGCCACCCUUUUGCAAGACAGGUGUGCCAAACAACAGCACAUGUUCCAACAAUUUAAACUAUUUGGCCUGUGUCCGGUAACGCUAUCACGACCACAACCAUCUACACAGACAAUUAUACACAGAAUGGAAAGCGACCGUGAAAAGCACAAGAGAUUAAAAGAAAACAUCUGGGUCUUACCGAGACCCCAUGCUAGUAUAUUGAACGAAUUCGAAUUCAGAACCCUCUGGGAAUCAACUCCACAGGAGGGUCUGACAAAGGGCGAUUAUAGAAAUAUGUCAGACAUGAACAGAAUAGCUCAUGCCAGUUACAGCGUGAAGUAG